ACCGCAGCGUUUUGCCGCGGCGAAGCGCACACGAGUUUCGAAACUGACGCGACCGGAGCGCAACAAGUUUAGGUGGCUGAAUGAAGGUAAAAUAACAUCGCGAACCCGCAUCCUCCGGGAUAAACUACGCUUAAAAAACAUAAUAGAGGUAAAACUACUACCUAUAUGUUUUUAAAAGCAUUUCGCAUAUGGCAAAUCGGGAAAAGAACAAGAAGACACUUCUAGAGUUGGUGAAGCUGCCAGAGAAUAGCUGCUGUGCUGACUGUGGAGCUGCAGAUCCAGACUGGGCUUCAUAUACACUGGGAAUAUUUGUGUGUCUUAACUGUUCUGGAACUCAUCGCAAUCUUCCUUCAAUAAGUCGUAUCAAGUCAAUACGCUUAGACUUCUGGGAUGAUGAGCUUGUGCAGUUCAUGAAGGCCAAUGGAAACCGUCCUGCUAAAAACUUCUAUGAGAAAUGUGUCCCUGUCUUUUAUUAUCAGCCCCAACCAGAUGAUUGCGAGGUCCUUAGAGAACAAUGGAUUCGAGCCAAAUACGAAAGAAUGGAGUUUACAGAGAAAAAUUCAGUAAGGCCCUACACAGCAGGUGUCUAUGAGGGCAUGCUGUGGAAGAAAGGAAAGGAUAAUGGACAGUUUCUCGAGAGGAAGUUUGUUCUUUCAGUGUGCGAUUUUACCCUCAAAUACUACAAGGAGGAUGAAUCUAAGGGGCCAAAGGCUGUUAUCUCUGUGAAGGACCUGAAUGCAACCUUCCAGCCUGAGAAGAUAGGACAUGUUCAUGGCCUUCAGAUCACCUACUGUGUGGAUGAUCACACCCGAAACCUUUUUGUUUACCAUAAAAAUGGGCAGGAGAUUGUCAAUUGGUUUAAUGCCAUUAGAGCUAUUCGCCUCGUCUACCUGAAAACAGCCUUUCCUACAGCUAGUGACAGAGAUCUAAUACCAUGGAUAACCAGAAACUAUCUGAAAGAGGGUUACAUGGAGAAAACUGGCCCUCUGCAGCGAGAGCCAUUCAAGAAAAGAUGGUUCAUCUUGGACUCCCUGGACAGGAAACUGCUCUAUUUUAAAACACAGCUGGAUGCCAUUGAGCUUGGGGUUGUUUUCAUUGGCUCAGAGAAUCAUGGGUAUUCAGUUAGAGAGUGUGUCCCUAAAGGGACAAGAGGCAACAAAUGGAAGUGUGGGGUAAUUGUGGAGACGCCGGAUCGGCAGUUCGUCUUCAUGUGCGAGCAGGAGCGCGAUCAAAGAGAAUGGGUGGAGGCCUUGAAAACAGUCAUCUCGAAGCCUAUGAUGCCGCAAGAUUACACCACCGAAGCCAAUAUCCGUAGACGGAGGUGAACACGAUGGGAUAAUACGCUCGGAGAACAACACUCUGGACACGUGGACUAAAUGUCACUAAAUCUUGAAAUGAAAACAGAUAUUCUGGGUGAUUCAAAGGUUAACAUUUGAGUCCCAGAAAUUAUUUACUCAAAGGGAACCUUGGAAGAAUGUCACUUUUUGGGCAUUGUUUCUAGCAAUUAAAAAAAAUAUUCCCACUUGGUGCAUUUUGGGAUGUGAAAUCAAUCUGAGAAGAUUGAAGUAGGUCAGAUGAAGACGGACCAACUGGUUGAGUUCUCUGAGGAGCAGAAAGGAUAUGAAGAUGGAUAAGAUCUUGACUCAAUACAAAGAGACAUUCUGAGCCUUGACCAAGAAGUGAAUCUCAUCUUAGGCCUAUGAGAGAGAAUUGAAUUAGACUCGCAUGUGACAGUGAGUCCACAUGCAGGAGCUGAGACACAAAAUAGAAGCUAAAUAUAAAGAAUUAUGGCUGUACAGAAAUGGACAAAUGCAAGUGACAUGGAGUGUGUGAUAAAAAUGAUAAUUGUAGAACACCUAGUUUUCAUUAAACUAACAUUUGGACAGUUUUUGUUUUCUGAUUUAUAAUCAUAUAAUGGAUGACUGAAUUAUUUUGAUGUUCAAAAUUUUGAAUUCUUUUGUUUUGAAAUGUAUUUAUUUAUUAAUUAAUUAUAUCAUAUUUAAAAUA